GAGGAGCGGCGGAGGCUGCUGGAGCUGGGGAGUCCGGAGACGCCUCCGCUGGCCUCGGUGCUCGCCGCGGAGCUGAGGGAGGAGGGCUCCAGGGAGAAGCUUCUCAGCCAGCUCUGGUCGCAGCUCGACGCUGGCGAGCCGUCCGCCGCGCGGCCCGGCAGUCCGCGCAGGGUGUCUGGCGCCCCGGCCACCUCUCUGGAGCUGUCGUCCCUCAGUGCAAUCGCCGAGCUGUCGCCUUCGCCGCGGGGCGGAGCAGACGACUCGCGGCGGGCAGGCAUCGAGCAGCCGCGCGCAUGGCGCGGCAUGCAGGCCGUCGACCGUGAGCUGCUGGAGCUGAAGCCUGCGCCCGUGCUGGCGACCAGCACGGGAGGGGACGGCGGGAUGCUGGCGGCAGCGGCUUGCGAGGACGAGUUCGCUCUGGAGGGCACGCUGAGGCACGGGGAGCUCAACGCGGACUUGCAGGUGUCGGGCCCGUUGCCGGAGGGCUUCGGCACGAGGACGGUCACGCUGCGGCAGUGCUGGGGCGGCGGCGGCGAGGGUGUCGGCGCCACGAGCCUGAUCGCGCAGCUGCAGAAGGAGCUGGGCGCGCUGGCCUCGCGCCUGCAGGUCGUGGAGGGGGCCCGGCCAGGCGAUGUCAGCCUGCAGAAGCCGAGAGUGCAGCUCGGCGCGCUGAAGCUCGGCGGGCCACUCGGCGCAGGCGAAGAGGCCGUCGAAAUCGCUGGCGCGGAGCGGCGCCUGCACGAGGCCGCCCGGGAGCUGCAGAAGGAGCGGGUCGAGCACAGCGCCACCAGGGCUGCCCUCCGGGAGGCCCAGCGGGACGCCCUCCGGCUGCAGGGCGAGCUGCGGCACAGGGAGGCCGAGGUCGAGGUGGCCGGCGCGGAGGCCCGCCGCGCGCAGGCCGAGGUGGAGGGGCGCGAGGAGGAGCGGCGCAGGCUGCAGCUGCAGCUGCACGCGCGGGACGCCCAGCUGGGCCAGCUGCGCGCCGAGCGCGACGGGCGGGCGCGACUGGACGAGCAGGCGGUGCACCAGCAGCGGCUGGAACUCCAGCACCGCGAACAGGUGCUCACGGACUGGGAGCGCUUCUUGCGCGAGAAGGAGCGCCUCGCCGCGGAGGCCGAGCAGCGCUUGCACCGCCGCGCGCGCGAGCUGCGCACCAGCGAGCACCAGCUGGAGUUGGGCGGCCUGCGGCGGGCGCUGUCCGAGGGGGGCUGCGCGGGCUCCAGGUCGCCGCGGCUUUCGCGCGCAGGCCCAACGGCGCCUGGCUCAUUGGCCUCCCCGCCACUGUUCACAGCGCGCGGCGGCAGCGAGGGCUAUGCUGCGAGCUGCGGCGCGGAGCAGCCGUCCACCGCACGGCGCCGCGGCAGGCCAGAUUCGGGCGUUGGCGGCUUCGGGCCGCAGCUGGCAGGCAGGAACGGCGACCCAGGGCCCCCGCAGGCCGCCUUCGACGCGCGCGGCUCCGCCUUCUCGACGUUGUCUUUCCGCGACGAGCUGCUCGAGCUGGGCAGCGAUGGCGAGGUGGGGGCUGGCAAGCCGCACGGCGCCGCGCGCCAGAUCUCCGUGGCAGCCGCUGCGCAUAAACAGCCGGCAUGCGCUGGCACACCGCCUGCCAUCGCGCGGGCAGGCCCCACUGCGGACCCCGCAGCCAUGGAGGCCCUGCGUGCGCGGCGGCGCGAGCUGCGCCGCGAGGCCGCGGAGCUGGAGGAGGAGCGCCACCGCUGGCGGGGCGAAUACCGCCGCAGCUGCCGCGACGGCUCCGCGCAUCCCGGGCUUGCCGAGGGUCUCGCCGACGCGCGCGCAGCCCUGGACGCGCGCGCCGCGUCCCUGAACGAGUCCAUCGCCGAGUACCGGAGCCUCGAGAAGCGGCUGCUGGGCCCGCACCGCCGCUGCAGCGGCCCCGCCGCCGCGGCGGCCUCGAAGGCGCGGCCCGCGGCCGCGUGCGGGGCGGCGGCGGCGCCUGACCUCGCGUCGGGUGGCUCGUGCGGUGGCCGCAGCCCCCGGGGGGUGCCACCGGAACCUGGAGGCGCGCGGCGCACCAGCGGCGUCCAGUUGCUUUGCCACAGCGGCGUGCCGACGUCGUCGCUUGGCGGGGCGUGA